AUGUCUGAAAAUAUCCUCAUCAUCGGUGCUACUAGAGGCUUGGGGGCGUCCCUCAAGACCCUAUAUGCCGGAAAGCAAUCCACCAAAACGGUUUUCGCAACGACAAGAGACUCCACCAAGCCGAAAAAAGAGCCUCUCGUUUCGUGGAUCUCGAACAUCGACGUGGCUAAGCCUCUUGUCGGCCAGAAUCUGGUCACCCAACUACCCUCGUCUGCGAAGAUCUCGACAGUCAUUAUUUCGGCUGGCUAUUUCGGGUUCGAGACAUUCGACGAGCCCGAUUGGGAGAAGGAAGUCAAGAUGUAUAGCACAUCUGCCAUAGGCCCCGUCUUCCUAGUCCAUCACUUGGUCAAAGCAGGACUUCUGGAUGCUGGUAGUAAAGUAAUACUCGUCAGUAGCGAGAGCGGAAGCAUCACGCUGCGUCAUGAGAAAGAGGGAGGCGGAAAUUAUGGACAUCAUGCCAGCAAAGCAGCUCUUAACAUGGUUGGGAAACUGCUGAGUCUAGAUCUCAAAGACAAAGGAAUUACCGUGGGCAUUGUUCAUCCUGGAUUUAUGCGCACGGAGAUGACAAAGGGUGUAGGAUUUGACAAGUACUGGGAUGCCGGUGGAGCUGUCACACCGGACGAGGCAGCAGAGUCACUCGCUUCGUUCAUUGACACAUUCGACAUCAGCAAAACUGGACAAUACUGGGCACCACGGGGUCCUAGGGAUAUCGGAACUGCCGAGCCUGUUUUAGGUAACGACUUGCCGACGCCGCUCCAGCUGCCCUGGUAG